UCCAAUACCCAAGCUCUCCUCUCUCUCUCUCUAAACUUGGGAGAAUAAAAUAAUCUUAGAUACAUUUGAUUCUUCUUUCCUCAACAGCCAACGCCACGAAGCCGCAGGGAGAGAAGAACUAAUAAGGGGGGGAAAAAGCAUCAUUUUUCCUUUCUGCCGCUUUUAUUUCCUGAAAUUUUCACUUGGGUCCGUGGUGUUUUGCACCGUUGAGGAUUUUUGUGAUGUUGGCUUCUGUUUUUCUUCUUAAAAGAUUGGAUUUUUUUCCUAUCUGUUGAGCGUCUGGCGCUUUGAUACGCGACCCAUGUGAGAAAACCACUCUGUGCUUUUAUGAAAGUUUUUUUUAUUUUUAUCGGCUUUUUAGAGUACAACUGGGCUUUGGAUGCUCAUGAACUUGAGAGGACCUGAAACUGAUGCUCAGUUGAGUUGAGUUGUCUCCUACCUGCAUAAAAACUGGUUUUAAUGCGGUGAAAAAGAGAUUUUGGUAUCGAGAGAAAUCUGGGCCUUUUCGUUGAUGGCAGUUAGUUGGGGGUGAAAGGAGCUCCUUUUUUAUUUUAUUUUUUAUUUAGAGGCCUCAAAUAUAACCUUGGUUCCCUCAAGCUCAGGUCACAGCAUUAAGAGUUUCUGAAAUUGAGCGCAAAAUUCCAGGGGUUUUUUUUUCUUUUCCUGGGUGUUUCAGACAUUUCGUUUGGUUCUUGAUUCUGGGCUUAAAUCUGAUUGAAUUGUUGGGUAGAGGAGAUUUCGAGAUGUCGGCUAAGUUCCUACACGUGUUCACUGAGGAGAACCCAGAGCUGCAGAGGCAAAUUGGAUGCAUGACAGGGAUUUUUCAAAUGUUUGAUCGGCAGCAUGUAAUAACUGGGAGGCGAACCCACGGUCACAAUCAUAAGAGGCACCCUUCAGGCCAUGGAGUUUCCACUAGUGUAGCCGAGCAAUGUUCAAGUUCUCCGCAUAUUGUUCUGGAAAGGAAUCUUAAUAGGAGCAUGAAUGAGAACCGGAGGAUCUCCAUGGAGUCCUCAAGAACUUCAUUCUCAUCUUCAUCGUGUUCCUCAUUUUCUUCUCUUGACCAUAACAAAUCAACUCAGCAGGAGGCUCUCCUCUGUGACCAAACAAUUUUUCCAGACAAGUCCACAAAGUGUUCACCGAAGCUUAAGACUCCAAAUACUGACGGCCGACCCCCUCGUUAUGGGCCUCGCAGCGACGCAUCAGAUGCGUCAAUCCACACAGCUCGCCGAUCACUAGAUUUCAGGGAUGUUGUUAAGGGCUCCAUCAACAGAGACUCCCGAGGCUUAUCAGUCAAAACCUCAUCAAAACAGGAAGUGAAGAACCACAAAUUGCAGCACAGAGACUCUCCGAGGCCUAUUCAGCUGUCAAGAUUAACUGAUGGAAAAUUAGGACUGCCUAUUGAUCUCGAUGAAUCUAUCCGCGUUCUCAUUAAGCUCAAAGAGGCACCUUGGCAUUUCUCCGAAUUCGGGGAAUCCCCAAGAACUUCAUUUGAGGCGAAAAAUGUUUCGUCCUACCCAGAAUCGAAGGAAGCUCACAGAUUCUCAUUUGAUGGGAGAGAAAUCACUCGUCAAUCUCUGGAUUCUCGAGAGGAUGGCAAGUUGCCCUCUAAUUUCCGAGAUCUCCCAAGAUUGUCCUUGGAUAGCAGGGAAGGUUCUCUGAGGUAUUCUGACUUUGAAUCCAGACCAAACUCAAACUUCAAGGAUUUAGAUAGAAGCAAUAGCAACCAAAGAGUCUCUACAGAUUCAAAUCUUGAACAAGAAUUGGGUACUCACAAGCGCUCCACUAGUGUCGUCGCGAAGCUCAUGGGCUUGGAAGCAAUGCCAAGCUUGAGUUUGGUUACUCAAGAUCCUUUGAAGGAACCAAGACCAAUGCCAUCAAUAACCUCCAAUGACGAUGGAGAAAAUUGGCUUCCCUCUCCAAAGAGAUCAAUCAAGAUAAAGGGUCCUGAUUCAAGAAUGAAGCCCAUAUCAAAUUCAAAGGUUCCAGUCGAAACAGCACCUUGGAGGCAGACGGAGAAACGCCAUGUUCCAAAGAAAGCAGCAUUUGUACACCGAGAAGCUCAGAUGAAGCAGCAAACAGAAUCGGCUUAUUACAGUGACAUAGAGAAGAAAUUGAAAGAACUAGAAUUUCGACAAUCCAAUAAAGAUCUCAGGGCACUUCAACAGAUACUGGAUGCUAUGCAAGAAAAAGGGCUGUUGGAAACCAAGAACGGCGAUGAAGGAGCUGAUAACCAAACUUUGAGAUCAGCAAGUAGAACUCCAGGAACUUUUGAAUCUCCUAUUGUCAUCAUGAAGCCGGCAAGUUCUAUUAAAAGAUCAAGCCUACAAGGCAUCCAGAAGCUGAAGGCAUCUGAGAAGAAAACUAAUUUGAAAGAGAUUUUUGAUAAGAAAACUAGUUCCAAGAUCGAAGACACUGGAUCACUGAAACUUCGAACAAAAACAGCUCAGGUUUCAACAACCCGAGCUCAGCAGUCAACAAGAGAGAAUGCUGGAAGCUCAUUAAAGACUUCAGGCUCUGUGAGCCCAAGGCUACAACAGAAAAGGCUUGAGGCAGAGAGAUCUCGACCUCCACUUCCUUCUUCAGACGCAAACAAACCUCACAGGUCAUCUUCUAACAAAAAGCCAAUAGAAUCAGUUUCACCGAGAAAUAGACUUAGACAAAAACCAGCACAGGUGCAAGAUAACGAUGAGCAAUUGAGUGAGAGUCAUGAAAUUUCUCAAAGGUCGGAUAGCUAUGUUAGCUUGUCAUCGGAGGUGGAUAUAGAAGUAACAAGUGCUGAUCGGUCUGAAGGCGGCAGGAGUCCGAGAACUGCUAAAAAAGCUUCUUCAGUCAAGAAGCAAAAGAAGCCUCCAAUCAAUUUAAGUGGAGAAGUUCCAAUUAUUGAACAUCCGAGCCCCAUUUCUGUUCUAGAUGCUUCAUUCUGCCAAAAUGACACGUCGCCAUCUCCUUCAAAGAAGAAUCUGAAGACCCCUAAAGAUAACAAGAAUCAGACCUCCGAUGAAUCCUGGACAUCAUCGCAGAGGUCAAGCUCCCAAAUUAACCAGAAGAAGCUCAGGAACAUUGAAAACCUAGUACAAAAGCUCAGUGAGCUGAGCUCAACUGACAAUGGACUUUCGACCACUGAUCACAUUGCUUCUCUUUGCGAAACCCAGAACCCUGAUCAUCGCUACGUGUCAGAGAUCCUCAUAGCAUCAGGCCUUCUCCUUAGAGACCUCAAUGCAAGCCCAUUAGGCCCAAAGCCCAUUCAGCUCCACCCUUCAGGCCAUCCGAUCAACCCAGAUUUGUUCCUCGUCCUCGAGCAAACCAAAGCUCUCCAGUCCAAGACUGAUCAAGAUAAGCUCCACCGAAAGCUUGUGUUUGAUGCGGUGAAUGAGGUCCUGAUCCAAAAGCUUGAACUUUCGAGCUCAAACCCUAUAAAGAUUUCGUGCCGAUUUCCUAGCGGGCAGAAGUUAUUGAAAGAGUUGUGUCAGGAGAUUGAUCAGCUUCAGGUUCGGGCUGAGGCUGCAACCAACGAGAACUCUGAGGAUGAGGUCAAGAUAUCGGUUGAAGAUAUUCUUCGUCGGUCGAGAGGGUGGUCGGAGUUUGGUAAGGAGGUGCCAGGGAUAGUAUUAGAGGUUGAGAGGUUGGUAUUUAAGGAUUUGGUUGAUGAAGUUGUGAAUGGUGAUGCUGUUUCUAAUUUACAGUACAAAGCAAGCAGAAGGCAAAGGCAACUGUUUGCUAAGUGAGGAUUCAUGAAAUCUGAGGCAACUUUUUACACACCAGUGUUUCCUCUGUGAAAAGGGUUAAGUAAUAGCAGAUGGUGUACGUUUUCUUGUUGACUGCUUGUAUAGAUCUCUCUUUUAGAAGCAUCCAUUUCUACGUGAAAUGAGAUUCACAGUGAAGUUUCGUAGUUUGCAUUAAAUUUUUUUUGGAUCAAUUGCGGUUCUUCUGUCUACUACAACUGCAUUGCAAUUAACAGUUGGAGAAAAUUUUUAGUUGCA